UUGUUUUUCCUGAAUUUAUUGUCAAUUCAUUUUACAUGCGGAAAUAUCAACAUCAUCGUUGAACCAACACCAUAAUAUCAUCACAAUGAUCAAAAUCAUCACCAACAUAAUCAUCAUUGGAUUUUGUAUCCAUACUACAUUUGCCACCAAUUCCAAAUUGGCCGUUGAUCAUAGACAAAUAAGAAAUUCAUCCAUAGGUAGCUCAUCAUCAAACCACCCAAGAUAUCAGCCAAUAAUAUUAGUCGAAAGGAAUCGAUUAUUAAUAGGUGAUAGUUUCAUCAUAAAUAAUAACAGUCAAAAUCAACAAAUUCCAGCAUCAAAUCCACCAACUACGGCAUCCAUAAUUCCAAAACAUUUACAAUUACGUCGUCAGCCGUCUACGACCACUUCCAUUGACAACGAAAAUGAAAAUUUAGUAGUAAUGACAACGCCUACGUAUAGGAAAUUAAAAUUCAAACGUCCACAUCUUCAUCAUCAUAAUCGUCAACAUCUUAGCCAAAUAAUAAAUUCAAAUAUAACAUCAUCACGACGACCAUCGUUUCAAGAAAUAAUUUUACCACAAAAUCAUCUAAUAACAAGUAAUGAAGAAAUCAUCGUUCCGAAUGACAACGAAAAUGGCGUUGUUGAUGAUGGAAAAGACAAAAACAAAAAAACUGCAACCAUGGUCACAGCCAAAUAUGUCUCGCCAUCACUUAAUAUAAUGUCACCGGCAAUACCAUCACCAUCUUUUCUAAAUUUUUAUGGUCCUUCAAUGUUACAGAUAAGCCGUAUGAAGAUCGCCCGCCAUCGUCAGCAUCACAAUCGAAGGGUUAUAGCCAAACGUAAACGAGUUGUACUGAAACAUAUGAAAUUAAAGCCAAAUCCUACAAUUCCCAUUCCUAACCGGACUAAUAACAGUGUUACAGAUAGAGUUAACGUCAUUCCGAAUGAAAAUAAUGAAAUCCGAGAUCCACGACCACAAUCCACUGAAACAACAAUCAAUAUAAUUGAAGCAACACCAUUGAUCGGAGUAGAUAAUAACCAAUUGACCCUUGCAGUUCGUCCACUAUUUGCUGAAAAUGAAGAAUUUGAUAUUCUUCGAAAUGAUAUUUCUAAAUCAAACACAGCUGCCAAACAUCUUCGACGAUCAUUGCCCAAUUUUCUUCCAUCGAAUAUUUCAUCGGCUUUUCAAAGCCCACCAAAUUUCCGUAUUCAAUCAGCUAGUUUUGGGCGACCAGCACCAAAACCAUCAUCAUAUCAUUGGUCAUAUAGUGCUCCAAUUAAUCUAACAAGUCGAUAUAAAGCCAAAUCGUUGUCAACAAUUACAUCGGAACAUUUACAGCCUCAGUCAUUUACAUUAAACAAUGAUCAACCAUUUCAGUCAUUCAUUACACAUUCGACAACUAGAAAAUUUUCAACAGCCGUAACACCAAGGACAAAUGUGCCUGUUACUUCCAUGAAUUUUCAUCAUCAUCAACAUAACAGAAAUCAACCAUUCGAUUUAUCAUAUGGUGCAAGGCCGGUGAUGUCGGCACCAAGAAAGCCAAAUACAAACAAUGCGAUUGUUGCGCAACAACAAUUUAUUUCCACUCCAUUGAUGACAAAUACAACUUCUACAACAACAACAAGAAGGACGACAACGACAACAACAACACCAGCACCAAUUUCAAUAACUUCAUUUUCAAGAACUGCCAUUAACAGAAACUACAACGACAAUCAUCGACAUCCUAUUUCAAAUUACGAUUACGAUUUCUCUGAUGAUCAUUUCUAUCACAAUUAUGGUAUAGCUGCUUCUCAUUCGGUUGUUACAUCAACAACAACACCCGCCCCAUCUCGACGACAGAUGACAAAUAAAUUACGAACGUCAUCAUUGAGUAAUUUAAAAAAUUCCAAAACGGAUAUAGUUAUGACAAGAGGAGGAGGAAGAACUAAUGCUGAACGUUGUACGGAAGAAUCAUGUCAUUUGCCUUAUUGUCGUUGUGGUUCAUCAGCAAUACCAGCCGGUUUAAAGCCGAAAGAUAUUGCACAAUUAGUAAUGAUUACAUUCGAUGAUUCUAUCAAUGAACUAAAUUGGGAUCUAUAUCAAGAUAUUUUUUCCAAUCGAUUUAAUCCCAACGGAUGUCCGAUACUUGGUACAUUCUAUGUAUCACAUGAAUGGACUGAUUAUAGUCAAGUACAAAAUCUUUAUUCAGUUGGCCAUGAAAUGGCUUCACAUACAAUCACUCAUAGCUUUGGUGAUAAAUUUUCCAAAGAAAAAUGGCUGAAUGAAGUUAAUGGGCAACGUGAAAUAUUAUCUCUUUAUGGUGGUGUUCAAUAUGAAGAUGUAAGAGGAAUGCGGGCUCCAUUUUUACAACCAGGUGGUAAUCGACAAUACGAAAUGCUUUAUGAUGCAAAUUUUACAUAUGAUUCUUCAUUGCCUGUUUUUGAAAAUAAUCCGCCAUAUUGGCCAUAUACAUUUGAUUAUGCAAUGAAUCAUGAAUGUAUGAUUACGCCUUGCCCAAGUAAAUCAUUUCCUGGACUUUGGGAAGUUGGUAUGGUCAUGUUAAUUGAUCAUCGUGGCGGCCGUUGUUCAAUGGUCGAUGCAUGUUCACAUCCGUCAACCGAAGAUGGUGUAUUUGAAAAUCUAUUGAAAAACUUUAAUCGUCAUUAUCAUUCGAAUAAAGCACCAUUUGGACUUUAUUUUCAUUCAGCAUGGUUUAAUACGGCACAUCAUAAAAAUGGAUUCCUACGAUUUAUUGAUCAUAUUGGCAAAAAUAAAGACGUCUAUUUCGUCACAAAAUGGCAGCUAUUACAAUGGAUGAUGCAGCCAACGCCAUUAAUAAGGCUCAAAUCAUUUCAACCAUUCCAAUGUGAUUAUAGUGAUCGUCCAGCUUGUCGUCAACCAAAAGUUUGUUCUACAUCACAUCGUGACGGACCAAGAUACUUAAAAACCUGUCAAAAAUGUCCUAAACAUUAUCCGUGGGUUGGUAAAACUGGAUUCAAAAAAUAAUCAAAGCCACUGUGUGUUUACCGAGAACAUUUGCUUAUAAUAUGGAGAAAUUUUCCGAGAUUAUUGAAUCUUAAUCAUGAGUCAUUCGAAUUAGAAAAUAAGAAAAAAAACAAACAGCAAGCUUGUUUUUUUUUGUGUGUAAAA